AUGCUGGCCAUCUCUCUCCUCCCGGCCCUUCUGGCCCUGGCAGACCUGGCCAUGGCCGGCCCAUUCACAUUCCCAUCUCAGCCGAGUCUGAGGCAUGUCACCCUGACGGCACAAGAUGGUCGGCCCAUGGUCCUCACCAUCACACAAACGCGGACAGCAACAACCACAGCGACCUUGACGCCAACAACCAUCCUGGCACCUUCGGGGCCAAGAAGAACAGGGCGGCCUGAGGAGGCCGAGCUGGAACUCAGGGAAAACGUCUUUGCGCCCACGUCCUCAGACUCGUCGGACUCGUCGGACUCGUCGUCAGACUCGGGAUCUUCUUCCUCAUCCUCAUCCACGUCUUCGUCAGCAGACGAGGAAGACAGUAGCGCAAGUUCCGCCGAUGAGACCGCUACAAACGCACAAACACCAGCACAGGCAGUAGCGAAGGCGCAAACAACGCCCCCGCCGCCAAAGAAUGACCCCGAGGUGGCCUCUGCCCUCGCGCAGCAGGGCUACAGCCAGGUUACUUAUUACUCCUGCGUGACAAGGGACGCGACACUCACGCACUGCGGGUGGCACGUCCCUGUUGUCAAGGCCAGCAGCGCUGCUAGUGGGCGCCAUGGUGACGUUGGAAGAUUAGCGGGAGCGGCGUUGGCUGCAACGCUGAGUGUCGUGCUUGGGAGCCUGGUGAUGUGGUAG